AUGGCAACAUUGUUUUGUUGGUUUUGUUUUGUAUGAGUCUGUUCUGCUUCUGCAGAAGAGGGCUUUUAUUAUCUCUUAUACCUUGAUUAAAAGUACAAGAAAUAUUUUUCGAUCCACCAUGAGGAUUACUGCUGAGAUUAUCGAUGAAGAAUCUUUUUUUAUAUCCAAAGAGAUUAUUGAUAAUCAUGAAAGAAGCUCACAUAUUAGAUCCAGAAACUCACCGGCUUUGAAUAAUAAUCAAUGCCAUUUUGCUAUCAACUCAGCAGCCAGUGGUUCUUUUUUUGAAAUGCAAAAUUUGUCUCAACAUACACAAACUGUGCAAGAAGUCACUGAGAAAUUUCAAGAUUUAAAUUUGUAUGAUAUGCCUACAUCACCUUCUCAACAAAUAAGCUGUUCAUCUAGAACAGUUUUUCACACAAUGCGAUUGUCAGUUAAUAAUUUGCCAGAUGGUUGUACACAGGAAGAGUUAAAAGCAUUGUUUAGUCAGUAUGGUACUGUCAAGCAGAUAGAUGUCUUUUUUUCAUUUGGAUGUGUGGAAAUGAGCACAUUUGAGGAAGCUGAAAAUGCUUGUAAAGCAUUAAACAAGUAUCAGCUUAGAGGCUGUGCUUUAUCAGUUGGGGUAUUCAAUGGUCCGAAAGUUGGGUCACCACCACCAUUAUGGUUUCAGUAUCACAUGUCAAAGAUAAAGCAAGACCUAAAGAAAGAGUUGCUGGAAGAAAUGCUGAAUAUAUCAACUGACACCAGACAAGCUCAGGCUGAUGUUCCAAGUACUAAAAGUAGCUUGGCUCUGAAAGAAGAUAAUCUUAUACAGUGUCAAGGAGAAGUUGUUCAUAACGACAUUUAUUGUGAUAAUUGUGACCAGUUAAUUCAUGGCAUUCGCUAUAAAUGUGGAAAUUGUUCCGACUUUGAUUUGUGCCAAGAGUGUGAAAGUUUACCCAAUGUUCAUAAUAAAGCUCACAUAUUUUUGAAAAUCCGUUAUCCUUUCGCAUUGAAAAUGUACCAAAAACAGAAAUGGCAAGAGCUGAUGUCUCCUUUACCCAUAAAGCCGGCAAGAUUUAGUGAUUCUCCUUAUUCUAAAGGGCAAAAAAAGAAACUUUAUGAAGCUACAUUUUUAUGUGAUGAAACUGUUCCUGAUGGCACUAUAAUUCCACCUUCUACUCGCUUUGUGAAAAGUUGGAAAGUUAUGAAUAGUGGUAUUAGAGUUUGGACACAUACAACUAAACUACAUUUGAUCCAAGGUUCUGCCAAUUUAAUUCCAAGUAAUGAACAGGUAGAUGUCCCCCAUCUUAAACCUGGAGAAGAAGGAAUAGUUUCAAUCCUAUUUACAUCUCCCACUGAUCCGGGUGUUUACAGAAGUCAUUGGAAUUUUUGUCAUAAAAGUAGGCCUUUUGGUGCAAUUGUCUGGUGUCAUAUUAUUGUGAAACCUAUUCAAGAAGAAUUGAGAUGUGAACCUUCUGUCUCACCUAAGGUCAAUGAAUUAUCAGAAAAAAUUGUGAACAAGCAAAUGGAAGUAUCUAAUAUUGCACAAGUUUUAACAGCAGUCAAAGAAGAACAUGAAGAAGAUAACAUGGUUCCUAGAAAACUGAUUGUCAAUUCUCAUACUGCAACCCCUAACAAUACUCCAUUUGCUUUAACUCCACCUAAAUCUCCAGAUCAUGAAACUUUUUCAAAAUCUGUGUGUGAAAUGGCCUCUGAUAAAGCCUUUUUAAGUCAAUGUAAUGAUUCUGACAAUGAAGAUGAUGAAUGCAGUGUUGUUAGCUUAAAUAGUACAGAUUCAGACACAGAAUUUGUUGUCAUUCCAAUGCCCAAGUGUUUCAAUUUAUCAGAAUCCUUUAUUUCUGAACAUUUCAGAAUGCCUCAUAAUCUGAUUGAAGCAGAAGUGAUUACAAACCUUGAUAUUGAAGUACCAAAGGAUGUGCAAGUCAAAAAUACGACAGAAAAACCUCUUCCCAAUUCUGAAAAUGUUUCACAGGAAACUGGUGUUCCUGAAUUAUCAGAAAGUGUAUGCAAGCUCACUGUUGUUGAAGGUUUAGUAAAUAACCAGCAAACAACCACCAUAACUCAAGUAGCUACAGAUGGUUCUUCUUCUGAAGUAAGCAUCAUUGAAAGUGACAGUAGUAGUCCUGCAGUGGAAAAUGUUAAUCAGACUUUUGAUUCUAUUAAUGUAAAGUUAUCUUCUAAAGACACUUUCAGUGAGGAUGAAAUGAAUCAAAUUGCUGCUCGUCUGACUGAUUGUGUAACUACUGUAGCUGAAUCUGCUACAAAUGAAGUAAAUCAGGAACAAAUUAUUGACAUUCCAAAUAGUGCAACAUUUCCAAAGUUCCCUGUUGAAGGAGUGACCGGUGAUAUUUUUGAAAGACAGCCUCUGAAUCCAAACAAUCCUGAGGAAAGAACUAUCCAAGUACUUCCUGAAGGUCUUGUUUUUGGUGCGCUUAGUGCCGCAGCAUCAGUUUAUAAUACAGCUAAAGCAGUUAUUUCAACAAUUCAACAACCCAAAGAGAAUGUUGAAGGCAUUUCACAACCACUGCAAAGACCAACAAAUAUUCAUACCGGUACACCCUCUGUUAACAGAUCAGAGACUUUAAAUCCUAUGGACCAGUUGAUAGAAAUGGGAUUUUGUAAUCGACAACAAAACGAGACAUUAUUGAAAAAACAUAAUGGAGAUGUUGCAGUUGUUGUGGCUGAGUUAGUGAAUCUAAACGACAACGAAUGGUAUGCUUCUCGACAUGUUACCCCGUCCCCUCCUGGAUUUCUGGAUUAAAUAAAGUGGACAAAGAUAUGUUACAUUAAAUAUUAAAACAAAUAUUCUCAAUGUACCUUGUAAUAUAUAAAUUCUUCUUCUAUUUAAUCUAAUAACUAUUUUAGCUUAUCAUUUAUUAAUAGAACCUUUAUGUCUUAGUUUGUCUUCAGUUUUGUUUCAGUAUAGUGUGCUGCUUUAAAUGUUUGACUUAAUUCUUUAUGAAACAAAGCAAAUGUAAAUUAAAAAAGUUUUAUUAGUUAA